AUGGGCAGCCAUUUGCUCCAGAGCCCCGGGGAGAAGUUGGGGCUUCGGUGCCUUGCUCAAGGGCACCUCAGUUGUGGUAUUGAGGAUGCAUCUGACUCUCUAGGCCACGACUGCCCACCACUCCCAAUUGUGAGAAAAAAAAAAUGCAACAAUAUCAACCGGUUUGCAACACUGUAUGAUACAACAAAGAAGAUCCCUGUUUUCUCAGCUUACCAAUAUAUCAGAAUAAAAAAAUACGAAAGCCAAAAAAAGACUCAUUGGAAGAUCGAAUCGCAGCUUGAACCUUCAAGUUAUGAAAUCAGUGUGCCGUUCAUCAAUCAGGCUAGCAGGGGUGACUACUACAGUGACACUCAAAACUUGAGUCCCGGUCAUCUAUUUCCAGUAUGUCACGCAGCUGAUAAAGAAACUGCUGAAUCCACAUUCACACUCACCAAUAGCGUGCCACAGAGGAACAACAUAAGGAACGGCAGCUGGAAACGCAUGGAACAGCAAACUAGAGAAAUCAUGGACAAUUACUGUCGUGACCAAAAAAACAACAACAGAAUCUCAGCCUACGUGCUGGUAGGAGCUAAACCUGGCAACAAUAUUCUGAAUGAAAGAGUGAACAUUCCUUCUGACAUGUGGAUGGCGUUUUGCUGCUACAACAGUACAGGAAGUUCAUGGGUCUCCCAAGCUUAUUGGGCAACAAAUGGAGAUAAUGAUCAUGGUGAAAAUAUUAUACUCAAGAGCCUGAAUAAAUUGCAGAUAUUUUUGAAUACAUGGAAUAGACAAGUUAAGUUGUUUUACAAAGACUGUAAUUUUGACAUCUGA